CACGCGCAGGGACGGCGGCGCGCGCCAAGGGGGGCACCGCGCGGGUGCAGCCACGAUGGAAGGGGGUGCGUACGGAGCGGGCAAAGCCGGGGGCGCCUUCGACCCCCAUACCCUGGUCCGGCAGCCGCACACCAUUCUGCGCGUCGUGUCUUGGGUGUUCUCCAUCGUGGUGUUCGGCUCCAUCGUGAACGAGGGCUACCUCAACAGCAACUCGGGGGGCGAGCAGCUCUGCAUCUACAACCACAACCCCAGCGCCUGCAGCUACGGCGUGGCCGUGGGCGUGCUCGCCUUCCUCACCUGCCUGCUCUACCUGGCCCUGGACGUGUACUUCCCGCAGAUCAGCAGCGUGAAGGACCGCAAGAAAGCCGUGCUGUCCGACAUCGGAGUCUCAGCCUUCUGGGCCUUCCUCUGGUUUGUGGGUUUCUGCUUCCUGGCCAACCAGUGGCAGGUGUCCAAGCCCAAGGACAACCCGAUGAAUGAAGGGACAGAUGCGGCCCGGGCGGCCAUCACCUUCUCCUUCUUCUCCAUUUUCACGUGGGCGGGCCAGGCCGUGCUGGCCUUCCAGCGGUACCAGAUUGGCGCCGACUCGGCCCUCUUCUCCCAGGACUACAUGGACCCCAGCCAGGACUCCAGCAUGCCUUACGCCCCCUACGUGGAGCCCAGCGCCGGGCCAGACCCCGCCGGCAUGGGCGGUACCUACCAGCAGCCAGCCAACGCCUUUGACACGCCCCAGGGCUACCAGUCACAGGGCUACUGAGCUGCAGUGACCACCUGCCCCUCGCCUGUCCCCGCCCCGUCCCCAGCUGCCCCCCGCCCUUUCCCCCUGCCCACACCCAGACCCCUGCUCCCUCCCAGGCUGCCCUGCCCAGCGCCUCGGCAGCCUCUGGGUUG